AUGUCCUGGUAUCCCAUUGGUCGGCCCAUCGGCACAACCAUUUAUCCUGGCAUGCAGAUGUGGGCCGUUGGCAUUUUUGAGGUGCUGAAGCAGGUGCCAACCACCAAGGUCCCAUUGCCGUUUAUCCCGCCGCUGCGGCCGCUGGCGAAAUGGGCUCGUAGGAAUGGUUGGCUCUUUAUUCCGGAAGCCCUUAAGUCAAAACUUGAGAUCGGCCCCAUGAGCGUGAACGACAUUUGCUGCAUGAUUCCACCAUGGUUUGGUGCCAGUGCUUCGAUCUUCACUGGGCUCUUGGCCUAUGAGAUCUCCCGGAGCGUGAACGCUGGGCUGAUGGCCACUGGAAUCAUGGCGAUCAUUCCGGCCCACAUCAUGCGCUCGGUCGGAGGAAAGUUCGACAACGAGGCUGUCGCCAUGACCGCCAUCGUGAUGACGUUCUGGCUAUGGUUGCUUUCUGUGCGGACGCCCAAGCAUUGGCCGAUCGGCGUCUUGACGGGACUCUCUUACAUCAACAUGGUGGCGGCAUGGGGUGGCUACAUCUUCGUGCUGAACAUGAUUGGCGUGCACGCUUUGAUGUUGGUUGCCAUGGGCCGCUUCACCAGUGGAGUCCACAGGGCGUACUCGCUCUUCUUCAUCGUGGGCACAUUGGGUGCAAUUCAAAUUCCAGUGGUGGGCAUGCAGCCGCUGCGCUCUUUAGAACAGAUGGGACCUCUCCUCGUCUUCAUCGGCUUUCAGGUCUUGGCCUUUUGCGACUUCCAGCGCCACAGGAGAGAAAAGAUGAAGGAUCCCAUGGGCACUUGGGAGUUCGUGCGCUUCCGCAUCAUGAUGUGUUGCUUGAUGUUGGUCGCCUUGGCAAUUGUGGCCGCCCUGUUGUACCCCACGGGCUACUUCGGUCCUCUCUCCUCUCGAAUUCGCGGUCUUUUCGUGAAGCACACGAAGACAGGCAACCCCUUGGUCGAUUCCGUAGCUGAGCACCAGCCUGCGAAUCCCAGAAUCUAUGCAAGCCAUUUGGGCUUGCCCUUGGACUAUGUCCUUUUGGGCGGCCUUGUCUCCAUCUUCCAGAGGAACAAUGGCUUCUACUUCAUGUGCCUUUAUGGUUAUAUAGCAUCGCACUUCUCCGGAAAGAUGUCUCGAUUGGUCCUGAUUUGUGGGCCGAUUGUCUCGGUGGCCUGUGGAAUUUGGUGCGGAUUCCUUCUGGACAUGGUGAUCGAUCCGUUUUUGCUGUUGCUGGGAAAGAAAGGCUACGUGGCUCCCACUGCAACAGCUCCCCCCACCUCGGCCGAUGAGAAAUCGUCAGGCAAGGCCAAGCAGGGCAAGAGCCAGAAAGGAAAAGAUGCCAAGCCCACGAGGCGGAACGAGCGAGUGGCCGAGGUGGAACUGGAAGAAUGGGAAGAGGAGAGCCGCCCAGGUGGGGCGAUGCAGCUGAAGAGAUUCUUGAAGAGCUCAUACCAGCAGCUCUUUCCAGGAAGCAGCUUGGAGGAUGCGAAAAAGUUAAGACAAGACGCUGACAGCAAGGUGCUUCUGGUGUUGCUUCGAUGCGCUUUGGCCAUUGCCUUUGUGGUGUACAUGCUGACCAUGAGUGAGAUGAGCAGUGCUGUGCCAAAAUACAUCGAGCAUUGCAAGUCCAUUGGGCAGCAAGUGGCCAGCCCAACAGUCGCACUGCUGCCCAGGAUGGCAGUCUGUACAUCGUCAGAGACUACUACGAUGGCUACAAGUGGCUAG